AUGACAACAAGUUGUGGGACAUUACAUUAUGCAGCACCAGAAAUUGUUGGAACAGCAGAGACAUAUACUGAGGCAUGUGAUAUGUGGUCAAUAGGGGUAUUAGCGUUUGUACUAUUAACAGUUAGUUUUCCAUUUGAUGGAACACUGGAAGAAGUUAAACAAAAAAUAUGUAAAGGAGAUGUUGAUUGGAAUAGAAUUAAAGGAAAAGAUACUUGUGAAGAAGCUAUUGAUUUUGUUGAAAAAUUAUUAGUAGUAGAUUCAAGUAAAAGAAUGACUGCUCAAGAAUGUCUAGAACAUCCAUUUUUACAUUUAUUAGAUGUAGAAACAGAUAUUGAUAUUCCAUUAGAUAUUAUCGAUGAUUUUGAAUUGUAA